AUGAACACUCUCUUCACCAUCUCCUCCCAUCUCCUCAAACCCAACUCCAAAACCCUAAACCCCAUCCAUCUCCUCCUCCACAGACCCUUCUCCAAAUCGACCUCCAUCCCCAAGAAAAUGGACCGCGUCCGCGACCACGGCUACGACAACUACAUGGAAGUCGACAAGAAAAUCCGCAAAGUCCUCAAAUUCCAAACCCUCAUCCUCUCCCAGCCCCACCACAUCAUCCAAGCCUCCCGCCUCGACCUCCUCGCCCGCCGCCUCGGCUUCAAGCCCCACGAGGCCGCCGCCUUCGUCCUCAAAUUCCCCCACGUCUUCGAAAUCUACGAGCACCCCAUCCAGCGCAUCCUCUACAUCCGCCUAACCCGGAAAGCCCACCUCCAGAUCGACCAGGAGCACCGGGCCCUCCAGGCCCAAAUCCCCGACGCCGUCACCCGGCUCCGCAAGCUGGUCAUGAUGUCCAACACGGGCCGGCUCCGGCUCGAGCACGUGAGAAUCGCUAGGUAUGAGUUCGGACUACCCGAUGAUUUCGAGUACUCUGUCAUUGUUAAGCAUCCCGAGUAUUUUAAACUGAUCAAUGCCCAAGAGACUAGGAGUAAGUACAUUGAGUUAGUUGACAAGGAUGAUAGCCUAGCUGUGUGUGCUAUAGAGAGGCUUAGGGAGAUUGAGUAUAGGGAGAAGGGGGUCGACGCCGAGGAUAUAAGGUUUUCGUUUAUUGUGAAUUUCCCACCAGGUUUUAAGAUCGGGAAGUAUUAUAGGAUUGCAGUGUGGAAAUGGCAGAGGGUGCCGUAUUGGAGCCCCUAUGAGGAUGUUUCGGGGUAUGACAUGAGGUCGAUCGAGGCGCAGAAGAGGAUGGAGAAGAGGGCGGUGGCGGUGAUUCACGAGCUGUUGAAUUUGACUGUGGAGAAGAAGAUCACGUUGGAGAGGAUUGCGCAUUUUAGGAUGGCGAUGGAUCUGCCGAAGAAGCUGAAGGAGUUUCUGCUCCAGCAUCAGGGGAUUUUCUACAUUUCGACCAGGGGGAAUCACGGUAAGCUGCAUACGGUGUUUCUUAGGGAGGCUUAUAGGAAGGGGGAGUUGGUGGAGCCGAAUGAUUUGUAUCUGGCGAGAAGGAAGUUGGCUGAGCUGGUGUUGAUGAGCCCGAGGAAGGCGAAGAUGGAUAGUGAGUUGGUUAGUUACCAUAGGGACUGGGGAGAUGAGGAGAGGGGGUUCGUUGGAAGAGACUAUGUUGAGAAUGCUUUUGAUGAUUUUGGGGGUUGUGAUGAUGAUAGGCAGGAGAGGGACUCGCAUAUGGGUGAUGAUUAUGAGUCCGAUACAGAUGAUGGUUCUGAUAAAAUUCUGGAUGACAAGGACGUGUGUGUAAAAGAUUGAUUCAUACAACAUUUGUAUUUGCACUUCAAAGCAUCACAAUUGUGGGAGUUGCAACAUGUUGAUGGUACUAAGAGAUUGGGGUCAGCGGGACUUUGAUCACCAAUUGGCAGGCUGCUGUAUGGAAAUGAAGGCUGCAGUUACAGAAGAAAACCAAAACGACCUCGUUUUGGCUCUUUUAGAUUGGAUUCUUCUUGCUCUAAAUGCAUUGAUGAUUGGUUGGAUUUCUGAUUUGAGUUAUUUUAUGGGUGUGAUACGACUGUUUGAUUGCUUAUGGAGAAUGGAGCUGAUUUGAAUUCCAGCAAUCACUGUAGCAGGGUGAUACUUUGGUAUUCUUCCGAUGAUAGAAUUAAAAAUGUGGAAAAACAGAUGCGUUCAGUGGGUAAAAAUGUGAAGAAACUAUGUUCUGAUUUACUUCUUCCUUUAGGGCAUCCUGUAAAACAUUUGUCUGAAGAUGUGGCUAUCGAAAAGAAUGAUACUGUUAGUACUAAGACAAGGACAAGCUUGCAGAAAAGUUCUAUUGAUGCAUCUGAAAGCAAUCACCUACUGAGCCCAAUUAAUAGAUCCUGUGCCAAGCCAACUGAGUCUUGUGUCAAGGGAACACUACCUGGGGACCAUUUUAGUUCUCUAACUUCUAUGGUUACUCUUGAGGAGCCAGACUUCAACAUACUCAUAAGAAAGGAUGAUGACAUUAUGAAAAAUGAAAACUGGGGGGCAAACAAUGGAGAAAUUGCGAAACCAGUUCUGUCAAAGUUAACUUCUGCUGGUAGGGAAGAACAGUUUACAGAGUCAUUAGUUGGGGAUUUGUCUCUGGAGAGAAUGCAACAGUGUCCAGUGGUUCCAAUGCAAAGGAAUAUCCUACGGUCACUGAAAAUCCACCUCAAAAGUAAUCCAAGGAAGCUAUGUUUUGUCAUAGUUCUGGGGAAGGCUGAAUGUGUUUCUGAUAGCUCUGAUGGAUCCUCAUGGUCAUCUCUAACCCUAACAGGCUUCCAUAAAAUAAGGACACGGAAGAUCGACUUUCUUCUUUCAGCACCCUAUUAGUUGCAGAAGGCACCUCCAAAUUAUAGAGACCAUUCCUUGUGGUAAGCAGCAAGUCAAGAUCUGUGAGUCCUUUCAACAUGAGGCUGUAAUAACAUCUUCAGAUACUGGAUGUUCGAUGAAUCGAGUUCUGAUAUUGUUUACUGUCACAUGGAAAGCAUUGACUAGGAUGAGAAGGGGCAGAUAUAGGAAAACUGUGUCAAUGUAGAGGAUAGUGUACUUUGUGCCACUUCUCACAGAGCAAGAAAGCAGAGAUCAUACAAGAAACAAAUCCAAGAUGUUUUUACAUCAAAGAAGAGGUUGGUGAAGGAGGAUGAACAGCUAGGCAGCUAGCAGUUUGGUUUGGAGAUCUCAGUUUUAAUUCCAGCCAAGAAGCAACCUUUAACAAGAAACAUUCAGGAACUCAUCAUGCAGAUGUCGCGUUCGGGGCAGAUCUCUUUCCAUCAGGAUUUGCUUCCUUGUGGUACAUUUGACCAUGACAGACCGCUGUUCCCAGUUAGUUAACAUCCAAGCAGUUUAUACACAGUUAAUGUGGGUGAGCUCCGGUAUUUUAAGAAUCCCAAUCUCACCACCUCGACGUAAGAAUGGAGCAGAUAACUCACAAGAACAUUAACAUACAACUAUAUGCAAAUAUGAAGAAAUGACUUAUAUGAUGACAUCUAACAGAGAAGAUGAAGAAGAAAAUAAAUUGGCAAAUUGCUUGUACAGGAUUCGAAACCUCGCUCUUAGGCCCACAUACCGGGGUCUAUAUUGAGACAAGUCUUCGACACGUACAAGUCGAACGCGGCCCCUUUAACGCUUCAAGAAAACACAACAGACAUUCCAAGUUCGAACCUCCUCCUCCUUCUCCUCAGAACAGAGCUCAAGUUCCGGUUGAUCUUUAA